UUAGUGUUGGGUGACGCCGCAAACGUUGAUCGCUUACCAACACCAAACGCAUAGGCCGAAGUUGUUAUUGGCUAAAUAUUAGGUUUUUGCUUUAAAACAUGACUGCCGUGUUUCGUGUUGGCCUGGUGCGGCUAGCCAGCCGCGGCGCCACUGCGCCCGCCACUCUGCUGCAGGCGCAGACGAAUGCUUUGCCCGCCGCCUUCAUGCAAAAAUGCAACAUCUCCGGAAAGACGAUGCGUGGAGGUCCACGCGUACCCAAAGUAGCUCCAUAUCCGUACAAGACGAAGAAGUACAACUGGUUCAGCGCCGUCUUUGACAAGACCUCCAAGCGCUUCGAUGAGAACUCGAAAGUAAUUUGCGUUGAGGGUCCGAUUGCGGCGGGCAAAACGAAGUUCGCUCAAGAACUGGCUGCUGAACUGGAUAUGCAGUACUAUCCGGCCGUUGACCUGGAUCUUAUUUACAUCAAUCCGUAUGGCUAUGAUAUGCGCAAAUUAGAUCCGGAGUUGCCGCCCAGCUGCCGCAGCUAUGACGUUCGCGAUUUCUGCAAGAAUCCCAAUCAUGAUCUGGCUGCUCUGUUCCAGAUACGCAUGUACAUGCUGCGCUACUCGCAGUAUGUCGAUGCUCUCCAGCACAUUCUGUCCACCGGGCAGGGCGUUGUCCUCGAGCGCAGUCCCUACUCCGAUUUUGUCUUCAUGGAGGCCAUGUUCCGUCAGGGGUAUAUCUCGCGCGGUGCUCGUUCCGUGUACAACGAACUGCGCCAGAACACCAUUGGUGAGCUGCUGAAACCGCAUUUGGUCAUCUACCUGGACCAGCCCAUCGAGGCCGUCCAGCGGCAAAUCAAGACGCGCAACUUGGAACACGAAGUCAAAUCGAAAGUGUUCAGCGAGGCAUAUUUGCGGGAUUUGGAGUCGCUGUACAAGCAGCAGUAUCUCAAAGAUAUCGUCGGACAUGCAGAGUUGCUCAUCUACGACUGGACUGCCGGUGGCGAAACUGAGGUCGUCGUUGAGGAUAUCGAACGCAUCGAUUUCCAGCAGCACGAAUCAGAUCCUCACAACAAGAAACAGCUCGACUGGCGCUUCCCGCUCGAGACCGAGUGGUGCGAGGCGCGCAUUAAGUACUGCCACGAGAAGCCCGAUCUAAUGAAUUACUUCAAUGUGCCACGUUACGAUGUGCCCGAGCUGCUGCGCAGCGCCGACGACAGCAAAGUCUGGCGUGACGUCUGGUUCAAUGCGCCCGGCAUGAAGUUUCGUCCCGGCUACAACGCAGAUGUGGGUGACAGCGGUCUGUUGACCAAAAACAAGAUGGGCAUUAACGAGGUCUUCUAGACGGGCCAUUUGUUCGCAUUAUAAUUCAACUGGCAAAAUGUGUUAAUUGUGUAAUAAACAAUCUAGAAAAAUAA